AAAAGUCACGCGCACAAAGCAGCUGAGUCUCCUUAAUACAGUGAAUGCAAUAAAAAGCUGCUGCAUUGCACAGAUCUCAUCCAGCAAUCCUCAUAGCACAACACACUGCCAAAAUACCGACUUGAUCUUAAAGACAUUGAAAAGAAUAGGCAGCUACACAGGAGUAGACCGGAGUGUGUCUGGGACUGCGGUGGUUGUGCUCGGUACGUAAGUUAUAAGAUCAAAACAAGUGUUUGAAGAAUGAAAGCCAGUGGUCUGUUUCUCCUUGUAGCACUUUGUGCCCAAGAAUAUCAAGUUUGUUUAUUAAGUAUCCCUCUGCAACAUAUUGCCAAGAUGGACACGCAUAGUAGAGAUGCAGCUGAUGAAAAUUUUGCAAGUAGAAAUGAAGAGGUGACAAACAUAGCAGAGAGGUCAUCCAAUGUCAUAAAAGCUCUGCAGAAUCCUGCAGAGCAUCAACGUUCCCGGAACACAGAGGGAAAUAUAGCAUUUUCUCAGCUUCACAACAUUCAGAAACGAGCACCUCCCAUAGCAGGAAACUACAAAGGUAUAAUGCAUUACAUAAACACACUGAAACAAUGGCAAACAUUUGAUCAAAAUACUGGGCAAUCCAAAAUAAUUGUGCCAAAUGAUUUUAAAGAUCCAGUAGAAUUCUUUUCUAUUCUGAGCCACCUUAACUAUGCAAUUCCUGAGAAAUAUAAUGUCAGUUUUCAUCUUGCUGGUAAAACACGAAAAAUAGAAAUUGGAACAGCACCACAUGGAACUGGCCAGCUUUGUGUAUAUCGACAGCAGGUCUGUAAACCACCUUCAUAUAAUAAAACAAUAGAAAAACUGCUGAGCAAUGCAAAGUUAACAGAUCAAGAAAUUGCCCAAAAACUGCUGAAGAGCUUAGAGCAUCCAACUGAUAAUAAUGCCUGGGAUGGGUUUUCAAAAGACCAGGAGGAUGCUGCUCUGGAGUUGAUUGCAAUUACUCAAAUCGCUGAGUCAGUGCCAAAACUCCCAUAUAUAGUGGGCACAUCUGGCCGAGCACCAAAAAUGGCUGAGUUUGCAAGGCAAUGUCUGGAAGCAAUUGUAAAUGAUACAAAUCUCACUUUUAUAGCAGUAUUUGGAAGUGAAGAAAAAUCAUUGUACCCUGCUGUAGGAACUGGAGGGACAAAAAGAGCUAGAAAUGCUAAUGAUAACCCGUGUGUAAACAAUAUAAAAGUACGAAAAAUAUCUAAAUAACUGUUGCAAAAUGAUAGCCAUCUUAAUAAUGACAUUGCAAUAUUAUUCUACCAUGUCUGUUUUCCUUCCUCCAAAUAUGUUUAUAAAAAUAAAUUAGGAUUUGUUUUGCUAGAAAAACUCAUAGCUCAUAAAAAGUAAAAUGCUGCAGAGAUGCUUAGUGUACAUCAAGAACAAAGAACUAAGAAUAUCUAAUUUGGGAUCUUUCUGACAUAGUUAUAAAUGAUGCAUUUGUGUAUAUGACUAAAUGUAUGUUUAAAAUGUUUGUAAUAUUUUGAAGCUUUUUUUCUCCAGUUCUCCAUUGUAAAGUUUUUUUUGAAUAAACAUGGUGAACAAAAGGAAAAUAAAUAAAAUAAAUUAAAACAAGUGA